GUCCUCAGGGAUGUGUCAUGGCAUCGGUUCGGGUGGCUGUGAGGGUCCGGCCCAUGAACAGACGGGAGAAAGAACUGUCUGCCAAAUGCAUCAUCGAAAUGGAAGGCAACAAAACCACCAUCACCAACUUAAAAAUACCAGAUGGAGUGACUGGAGACUCUGUAAGGGAGAAAGCAAAGACUUUCACAUAUGAUUUCUCUUAUGACUCUUCGGACAGUAAAAAUGGCAGCUUUGUCUCACAAGAGAAGGUGUUUAAGGAUCUGGGCACUGAUGUGUUAAAGGCAGCAUUUGAAGGAUAUAAUGCCUGCAUCUUUGCUUACGGCCAGACUGGAUCAGGGAAGUCACAUACCAUGAUGGGCAUCCCUGGUGACGUCGGGCUGAUCCCACGGAUCUGUGAAGGAUUAUUCAGCCGAAUUUCAGGAAUGACUCGGAGAGAUGAAGCCUCUUUCCGUACAGAGGUCAGCUAUUUGGAGAUUUACAACGAACGGGUGCGGGACUUGUUAAGGAGAAAGAUGGCAAAGACGUAUAACCUCAGAGUCAGAGAGCAUCCUAAAGAGGGUCCCUAUGUAGAAGACCUGUCGAAGCACCUCGUGCAGAACUAUAGUGAUGUGGAGGAGCUGAUGGAGGCGGGAAACAUCAACCGCACGACAGCCAGCACCGGCAUGAACGACGCUAGUAGCCGCUCACACGCCAUCUUCACCGUCAACUUCACACAGGCUAAGUUUGAUGCCGAGAUGCCAAGUGAAACGGUCAGUAAGAUUCACCUGGUGGAUCUGGCUGGAAGCGAGAGGGCCGAUGCCACAGGGGCCACGGGUGUCCGGCUCAAAGAGGGCGGCAAUAUCAACAAAUCACUGGUCACUCUGGGAAAUGUCAUCUCCGCUUUAGCUGAUCUGUCACAGGAAGGAGGGAACAUUCAUUUGAAGAAGAAGCAAGUGUUUGUUCCUUACAGAGACUCCGUGCUCACGUGGCUCCUGAAGGACAGUCUGGGAGGAAACUCAAAGACCAUCAUGAUCGCUACUAUAUCGCCCGCAGACGUCAACUACGGCGAGACGCUGAGCACGCUGCGCUAUGCUAACCGUGCCAAAAACAUUAUCAACAAGCCCACGAUUAAUGAGGAUUCCAACGUUAGACUCAUACGAGAACUGCGGGCAGAGAUCGUUCGGCUGAAAGCGCUGCUCGUGCAGGGAAAUCAGAUAGCGCUGCUCGAUUCCCCCACAGCGUUAAGUAUGGAGGAGGAACUGCACCACAAUGAAGCCAGGGUGUUGGAGCUGACCAAGGAAUGGACGAACAAAUGGAACGAAACGCAGAACAUCCUGAAGGAGGAAACUCUGGCUCUGAGGAAGGAGGGAAUCGGAGUGAUCCUGGACUCAGAGCUGCCUCAUCUCAUCGGGAUUGAUGAUGAUCUGCUCAGCACUGGCAUCAUUCUCUAUCAUUUAAAGGAGGGAAGGACAUACGUUGGCCGUGAUGAUGCCACUAAUGAACAGGACAUCAUUCUUCAUGGUCUGGGUCUGGAGAGUGAGCACUGUCUGAUAGAGAACCAGAAUGGAACGGUCACUCUCGUUCCUCUGAAUGACGCUCAGUGUUCAGUCAAUGGAGUUCAGAUCACUGAGCCCUGCCCGCUCAACCAAGGUGCUGUCAUUCUCCUCGGCAGAACCAAUAUGUUCAGAUUCAAUCAUCCUAAAGAGGCGGCUAAACUUCGAGAAAAGAGAAAGAGCGGCCUCCUCACCAGUCUGAGCUUAUCCAUGUCUGAUCUGUCCAAAUCCUGUGAAAAUCUCUCUACAGUCAUGCUGUAUAACCCUGGUCUCUUCACUGAAAAGGGUCCCAUCUUUCUCAGACUGGAGUUUGAAAGGCAGCAAAGAGAAGAACUGGAAAAACUGGAAAAUAAAAGGCGGCUGAUAAAGGAGAUGGAGGAGAAGCAGAAGUGUGAGAAGGCGGAGCUUGAGCGCAUGCAGCAGGAGGUGGAUUCUCAGAGGAAGGAGUCUGAGCAGGUGCAGCUGCGCAUCCGCAGACAGGAGGAGAGCCUGCGCAGACGCAGUCAGGACAUCGAGAGCCGUCUCCGAGACUUGAUCGCUGAGAAAGAGAAAUUUCAGGAGGAGAGACACAGAGAGCAGAAGGAACAGGAACAGCAGAAGCAGAGGAAACUGCAGUCGAAGCAGAAGCUGGAGGAGGAGGAGGAGGUGCAGGAGGAGGAGGAGGAGGAUGAAAAAGCACAGGCCCAGCGAGAGCAAGCAGAACAAACCGAGCUCUUUCGUGAGCUGGAGCGGCUCAAACUAGAACGAGAGGAGCAGACCAUCAAACUCCAGCUGGAACGCAGGCGUCUGGAGGAGCGAGAGAAGGAGCAGCUGAGUCUGGUUGGCCGUCUGGAGGAGCAGCUGAGGGAGCGCAGCGCGGAGGCGGCCGCCCUGCUCACACCGGAUGAAGUGCGCCGACUGGAGGAGGAGAGACGGACGCUCACCGAGCUCAGAGAGGAGCUGCUCAGAGCCAAGGAAGCGCGGAUCGAUGGAGAGGAAGAGGGCGGGGAGGAGGCGCGGAGGAGCGCGCAGGCACGCUACGAACAAUUCAAGCAGAUGCAGGUGGAAGAGCUGAGUUUGCUGGAGGAGUCACUGAUCCAGCAGAAGGACCGACUGGAACGGGAGGUGGCCCAUGAGCGCACGUCACUCGGCCUGCUGCUGCACACGCACAAGGACAAACAGAGACAGGUGCGUGAUAUGAUGGAGCGUGGUGUUCAGGACGUGUCCUCUCUGGGUCAGGAGGAGGUUCUGAUCCAGCAGGCCGAGCACAGUCUGCAGUUUAAAGAGCGGCAGCUCCAAUCUCUCCAUGAGAAACAUCUCCCUGCUGUCUCAGAGGAGCGACAGAGAGCCAUUGAGCUCCUGGAGAGAGUUAGAGGAGGGACAGGAUCUCCUGCUUUGGACGGAAGUCCAGAAGAUAUGGACAAAGAGCUGGACGAGACUCUAUAUCAGGUAGAGAAGGAGUUGGAGGAGAAGGAGGAGCGUUUGUAUCAGUACAGCGCGAGCGCCGAGCAGCUGCAGCAGCUCCAGCAGUCGUACCAGUUCACAGCAAACGUGGCCCGUCAGGAGGAGAAGGUUCGCAGGAAGGAGAAGGAGAUCCUGGAGUGGAAGGAGAAACAGCAGCGGGAGGCUCUGGAGCAGGCGGUCGCACGCUUGGAGAGGAAACACUCCGCUUACCGCAGGAGCCUCAGUCUGGAGCCGGAUGCUGAAGGGCCCAGAAAGAGGUCACAGUCUGCUUUAGGACAGAGCACAUUCAGGUUUACAGGAACACAAGACCUGGACCAGGACAGGAUGGAGCGAGAGAUCGCGCAGCUGAAGCAGAGGAUCAGUGAGAGUGAAGGAAGCGUGCGGAGUCUCAGUGUGAGCGGGGAAGAAAAAAACAAUGUGAACCAGUCGCCCGUCAGCCCCAUACAGACCCUCCCGAAUGUCCUGUCCAUAGGAGACGAGAGGAUUAAUGCAUAUAUUGAAGAAGAGGUGCAGCGGAGGCUGCAGAAACUCAACCUGCUCAACAGAGAGAAUAACAACACACUCUCACUGUCUUCAGAUUCACUGCAGGAGGAGGAGCAGGAUAGUGAGGGUAGCUCUGUUAGAUUGACGGAUGAGGACAACGAUAAAAAACGCAUCGAUCAACGCAAACUGAAAUACGAGCGGCUGGUGUCGAUUCCUCUGGAUGCCAGUCCAGAGAGUCUUAAAGAUCCGGUGAAGAUCAGCAUUCCCCGUUAUGUCCUAUGCGGUCAGGGAAAAGAUGAACACUUUGAGUUCGAAGUCAAGAUCACUGUUUUGGAUGAAACGUGGAUGGUGUUCAGAAGAUAUAGUCGAUUUCGGGAGAUGCACAAAUCUCUGAAGCUGAAAUAUCCAGAGCUUGCGGCUUUGGACUUCCCUCCCAAAAAGAUUUUUGGAAACCGAGAUGAGAGAAUGGUUGCGGAGCGCCGGAAUCAGUUGGAGCAAUACCUGCGGAACUUCUUCUGCGUGAUGAUGUCCUCCUCCUCCUCUUCUCCUCUGAGGACAGACGAGUUUGGACUACACCUCUCAAAACACGCCGUCUGCAGCAUCUCUCCUUUCUUUAAGAAGGGAGUGUUUGACUACAGCAGUCACGGGACGGGCUGAUACACACACACACUCCAGUACAAAAAACACUAAUUUACAUUUCACCUUAAAAUCAAAAGGAAAAAUUAUAUAAAAGAAAUUGUAUUAUGCAUAAAGAAAAUCAAGCCUGAUUUUGGAACCAUAACGAUUUUUGCAUUGUGACAUAAUUUUCAUGGCAAUUAAGCACAUUUUUCCAAAUCAGAUUAAAUUAAUACUAUUCAUUUUGAGGUUUUGUGUAGUUGUGGUUCUCAUAGUAAUACAGAAUUUUUUUUUUAAUUCUGUAUUCAAGUUAAAAAUCUUUUAUUAUUAUUAUAAGAAAAGUAGCAUUAAAAAAAAAAAAAAAAAAACAAUUCUGCCAUGAUGGAUAAAUUCCUUAAAAUUUAAAUAAAAUAGUAUUAUUGGCAUGAAAAUAAUAUCAUAAUGGAAAAAAUACUAUGAAUGCAAAAAUAGGCUUUUUUUUCUUUAUACUUUGAGGUGAAAUAUGACCUGGAUUCAUUCAGACACUAAUCGACUUGCUCAGGAAAGUUGGAAAUCAAGAGCAGGAACGGUAGAGUGACUUGAAAUAGAGAAAGAAUAGGAAAAAAAAGGAUCCAAAGUAUGAUUUUGUUGUGCCUUGUUGGCAUUUAUUGAGCUUUAAACACUUCAAAGAAUAGGAA